AUGCAAGUAGAGAAACGAAUUGACAGCCGGAACUUCGAUUUUGUAUUGCCUGUGCAUGUAGAUAUUGACCAAAUAAACGAAGUAAACAAGACUUGUAAAUAUAUUAGUGGGAAUAUAAAUCCUGAAAUAUACACUAAAAAUACGAAUAAUAAAAUAACGAAAAUAAUAGGUGGUGAAUACAACUAUGAAAUAGUAAAUGAGCAUCCUAAAGAGAAUGGAGAGGAAGUUAUAAAAAAAAAAGUAAUAAUUGGAAAUGGAUCGAGUAGUAUUGUAUGUACUACUCUAAUAGGGCCAACAGCAAACAAUAUAAUGUUUAGUAAAGGUAUAGAAUUCACACAAUUAAAUAUUCGCAUUAAAAAUAUGCAAGGUUAUAGAAAUGAGAGAGAAAAAAUAUUUGAAGAAAUUGUUGUAAAAAAUUUUGAGCAAGUAAUAGACCAUGGUCUAUAUAAGUUUCAACAGUUUAAUAUAAAAGUACAGAUUUUACAAGAAACAUCAUAUAUAUUAUCAAGUAUAAUAAAUUCAAUAACUUUAAACUUUAUUUGUAACAAUAUAAGUAUGAAUUAUGUAAUAAAUUCGGUUAAUAUUGGUAUUAUUGAUAAAGAAAAGUAUAUAAAUUUUUUGGAAAAAAAAUAUGCCGUUUCGUCUUUAUUACCAGAAGCAGCAAUAAAACUUCAAAACCAAGUUAAUAUUAGUAAAGUAUGUUCUGAUAAUAAAUAUGAUAACACAUUUAUUAAUCAUGAAUCUGACGAAAAAAAUAAUAAGCCUAUGUAUGAGCAUGAAAUAAUAUACAAUUCACUAAAAAAUUCAUUAUUUUAUGAACAUAAUAAUAAUAGAUAUAUUCCUAAAAUAAUAUUAGACCCUCUUGACAAAGAAAUAGAACUUUAUUGUAGUAGUGCAUUUUGUUUUAUCAUAGCUCCAGAUUUUAACAAAAUUUUAUCAAACAUAUUAAUAAAAAGUAAUAUAGGAAUUUCCAAUGAUAUUUUUAAAAUAUCAAAAUAUUACGCUUGUAAAUUUUCACACAUUUUGCAUGAACAUGUCAGAAAAAGUUUCAAUGAACAUUUAGCACGUCUCGAAACGACACUUUCUACCAAUUAUUUCUUUUGA